UCGUCGACGACGACAAAUCCUGUGGUCCGCGAGCGGAAUUCGACACGUUUGCGAUGCGCGUAUCGUGUCGCGGUCGCGUUGUGUAAUUAAUCUCGUUUAUCUACGCAACGUGGCCGAAAUUAACGUACAGAAAUUAAGAGGCAAUUAUCUGCGGCCACGUUCUCCAGUCCGUCGACCACGUCUGCCGUCUGCCUUUGCUCGUUCUCGUCAGUAGCUCUCAUGAAUGAAUCCCACGAAACAGCUGACAGCUGACAGCACCUCACUCAUCCAUGUAUACGGGAUAGCGACCGCCUUCGAGAAUUGUCAGGGAAAAUAUAGGUGAUCUUCUGCGUACGACAGGUCGUACGAUAACAUUUGAUAAUAGUCGAUCAGUCCGAUCUCGCGUGUAAUUCUAUUAAUUGUAAAAAUUGUCCACUUUGACCGCGCGGAAUGUCUUUCAAAAAGGAUCUAAAGUUGCUCGUUAAACCGUACUACUUGAUAAACAUCUUCCUCAGCGUCUCUUACAUCAUCUCCAAGCGCUUUCCUAUAAUUUGUAAUUACAUAUUUGCUCAAGACGACUGCGAGCUCGAUGGGAGGGAAACGGAGAUUCUCUUUUUCCUCAUGAUCGUUAUCAUGAUAAGGACAAGGAAGACCGGCAGCGUGACCAUGAUAAAUUACCUGACAUCCAGUUUUGUGUAUACGAAAGCGGCAAACUUGAUCCUGUGGUUCUACGCGGACGUGCGGAUGGGCAUUCUGUUUGCAUUUAUUUUUAUACUGUGCGGAUUAGUGCUGCCAGAACCGACGUAUCAAGGGCCUGAAAAUGUGAUCUACCUACGUGGGGCCAAUGGACUGCAGGAGGAGCUGCAGCGUGACACCAGAGUGGUCUGGCUGGUGGCGUUCUACACCGCGUGGAAUCCAGCUUGCGUUACUUUUGCACCGAUAUUUUCCGAGCUCUCUGCGGAAUACGCGUUGGAGAACUUCAAGUUCGGAAAGGUGGACAUCGGUAGAUAUCCGGACGCUGCGGCAAAGUAUCAUAUUAGCGACGCCAGCACGAGCAAGCAACUGCCAACGUUAAUACUCUUUAAAGAUGGCAAGGAAGCGGAGCGACGUCCAUACGCGGACAACAAAGGAAAGCUCGUCAAGUUUCUCUUCUCGCUGGACAAUGUAAAGGCUGCGUUCGAUCUCAAUAAUAUCUACAGCGACUGUAAGAAACAUCCUAUCAAAAGGAAAGAGAGGAAAUCGUUGAAGGCAGAAUAAUGAAGGCACACUUAGGCAUUUAAUGAAAAAAAGUUUUUGCAGUUGAGCGAGUUUCAGUUAGAUGAACUUGUACCGUGUAGAAAAUCCAGCUAGCGGGUUAUCUCGAUCGAGUUCUGAUUCUAAAUUAAAAAUACGAGGAUUCGUGUAAAUAUUUUGUUGCGUGUUGCAAUAAUCUCUGCAGUGCUCUUAUAUUGUCUUCACUUACGUUUAAACAUCUGUACAUAACAUUCGUCACAGAUCGUUAUUGUAAUAUUGUGUAUGAUGUGUGUGAAUGUGCCAUAGAUAUAUAUAUAUAUAUAUAUAUAUAUAUUAACAUAAAAUUCAAAUAUGUACAGAAAGCUUGUUACGCGAUUAACAAUAAUGUUGCGUCGUUUCUCUUUACAAUAUGCUCGAUAUAGCUGUUGAAUAAAAGCUGAUCGUUGGCAUGCACGCUCUUUUCUAUUUUCUCUUAUAAAAAUGCAGUCAUUUGCAUUUGGCAUAUUACAAUCUGUACAAUGAUAGAGUUUAAUAACGAGGACUGUAGCACCUCGAACCCUUAAAAUUAAAUAUAAAUCCUGUUUCAUUCCACCCAGACUGACCUAGACCCAGACUCCAAAUUUAACUUUAUUAAUUUAAUUUUUAAAUAACUAUAUAUCAAACACGAAUGUAUAUAUCUAAUUCCUUUUUGUGUUCCGAGGAACAUGAGACUAUUAUGAUACGUUAUUUUCUUUAAUUCUUUAAUCCUUUUAACAGUAUGUAAAGUUUUAUCGAAGUAACUUAAAGUGAAUGAA